UUUCAUUUGUUGUAAUACGCCACCACAUUUUAUUCAAAAAAAAAGACAUCAUUGAAGUAUGAGCUUAACAUGGGAAGCAGGGGAGGCUGUCUCAAUACAGGCGCCGGCUCAAUUUAAGAAGCGACCUGGAACACUCUACCUGACCAACCGACGAUUGGUAUGGGUUCCUCAAGGCGGAUUAGCUCCAACAGUGUCUGUAAAGCACGAUGAUAUCAAAGGGUUAUAUGUAAAUGCGGAAGGUUCUCAGAAAGUCAUGGUUAAAAUUGUGGAGAUGAGGCCCGACACUAGCCAUGGCUUUGUAUUUACAUCUGGAAACGCUAUGAAGGAGCGUAAUGAUUUUAAAGAGGGCAUUUCUGCUGUUCUUGCAGAACGGCAACUUCGCGCCAAUGCUAGCGCCGCAGGAACACCAGCAGCUACGGCAGUAUCUUCUCCAGCAGCAGGAUCGCCUUCCAUCUCGGAUUCUGGCAGUGCUCCCGGAACGCCCAAGCCAUCCGCACAAUCACGGAUUGGUUCAAGUGGUGGGCCAGUUCGGAAAGGUCUGAAUGGGUCAGGUCCGACAGCAGAGCUCAAAAUUCGAUUUGAAUUGCUCAAACAAAAUAAAGAUUUGGCGAACUUGCAUAGGGAGCUAGUGAUGGGUAAACAUGUAUCAGAGGAAGAAUUUUGGGAGAGCCGUAAACAUUUACUAAGGAAUAAGGCAGUGAUGGAUCAGCAACAGAAAGGUCAAUCUUCCGCAUGGUUAGACCUGAAACCUGAAACUGGAGAGAGCAAUGCCAAGUACAUCAUGACCCCACAAGUCAUCCAUUCAGUGUGUCAACAAUACCCUUCUAUCAAACGUGCCUAUGACACCUAUGUACCAGAUAAACUAUCAGAAACGGAAUUCUGGACACGCUACUUUCAGUCCCGGUUUUUCCACCGUAGUCGUUCAGGACGUGGAGCGAAUGAGCCAGAUGACGAUAUUUUCGAUAAAGCACUCGAGGAAGAUGAAGAAGAAACUAAGAAUGCACCAAAGCGGAUCAAAUUAGACCAUAUCAAUCGACUUGUAGAUCUGAGUAUGACGGAAGAAGAUCAUUUUGAAUCGUAUACGAGUCCAGAUAAUACAAUGGCUGCUGGGAAGACAAAGGAAUCAAAAGAAGCCAUGCCUCUGAUCAGACGCUUCAAUCGAUAUGCACAACGGGUCCUCAAUUCGACCGUGGGGCCAAAGAAAACACCAGCAACAUCGGAGCCGCUCAAUAUGAGCGGCGUCGAACGAGCCAUUGUGUUAGAGGACCUACAAGAACAAAAAGAGGCGUCACGGAUAGUACUCGAUAUUCAGGACACACGACGCUAUUUUGAAAGUCAGGGAGGAGAUUUGAAAGGCUCUGAAAUCGCAGAAGGACAAGAUCCUGCUGAUAUCAUUAAAAGGUGCUAUGAAGAUUUCGUUAAUAAUGGAAUUGAGCUCAACAAGCCUUUUCAAAUCCCAGAAUCAACGUUCGAUACUCUUAUGAAAAGCGUCAAAGCCAAUCGUGCCAAGAUGAUGCCUCCAAAGGAUGGGUCGCAAUUAUUGCCCUCACAACUGUACCAAGAAGCUUUAUCGUGUCAUGCUGCAGGAAACGAAAUUUUACGUCAUUUUUGGGCAUCUACCGGACCGGAAAAGGCAGCAAAACACUCUCGAAUGGUCGAGUCACUGAAGAAAAUAAGGGAUGAGAAUAUCAAAUCACUCAUGAUCCAAGCUAGUUCACUUGGUGUCGAGUGUUUAGAUGCCAUGAAGAUGAUGUUGAAGCCGAUGCAGAAUGCCAUCCAAAAGGCACUCAAGCAUGCUGAGAUGACGCGUCCGAAACCUGCAGCAACACGAAAGCUAGCAUAUACACCAUAAGCUUUUGGAAUCCGAUAAAAAUUAUAAAUGUACAAU